AACCAGGAAGCAGUGUGUCUGCCUUCUAUUGCUGUGGCUGGAACAACCAGACCAAGUUUGGAAGGCUGGCUUUGGGAAUGGCUGGAGAUUACAUGUGGAUUGAAGGGAUUCCUUUCCCUACAACUACCAUUGAAGACCUCAGAUCUUUGCAGGAUGAAUUUGUGGCAAGGGAUGAAGAUAUCAUCACAAUUUCUUACCCAAAGUCAGGAACCAACUGGAUAUUGGAGAUCAUCCAUCUGAUCCACACCAGGGGAGAUCCCAGCUGGGUGCAAUCAGUGGUCAGCUGGAAACGUUCACCAUGGCUAGAAAACGCUUCCGGGCUUGAAGAUAUAAAGCAGCAGCAGGAAGACCCACGCUUCUACAUCUCCCACCUCCCCAUUCAAUUCUUCCCCAAGUCAAUCUUCAAGUCCAAGGCCAAGUGUGUCUACAUCAUGAGAAAUCCCAGAGAUAUUCUUAUUUCUGGUUACUAUUUCUGGAAAGCGAUCAAGGCCACCAAAAAUCCAGGCUCACUUGAAGAAUAUUUUGAAUGGUUCCUUCAAGGAAAUGUGCCAUUUGGCUCAUGGUUUGACCAUGUUCGCGGCUGGCUUCAGAUGAGGGGAAAAGAGAACUUCCUAUUGAUAUUAUAUGAGGAGCUGCAUCAGGACAUCAGAGCCAGUGUGGAGAAGGUCAGCCAAUUCUUGGGCACAAAGCUAAGCCCAGAAGAACUGGACUCCAUCCUCAAGAAUGUAACCUUCCAGGCCAUGAAAGACAAUAAAAUGAGCAAUUUCUCUCUACUCCCUGAUGUCCUUAUGGAUCACAGCAAAGCGUGUCUUAUGAGAAAAGGAAUCAUUGGCGACUGGAAAAACCAUCUCACAGUGGCCCAGAGUGAAGCCUUCGAUAAAGUCUACCAGGAGAAGAUGGCGGGGCUCCCCCCAGGCCUCUUCCCGUGGGAAUAAGGGCCUCUCGUGUCUGAAUCGGGGUGCAAAGGCUGAAUUUCCUGAGCUUCUUGUGUACCCAACAAAGCAAACUCUACAUGAUGAAUGAUAUUUAGGAAAUAGGUGGAUCCAGGUAGAACCCCAAGAGAUGUGAGUUCUAGAACCCAAUUAUUGACCGGUCCUUGCCUUAACCCAACAAGGCCUACCGUCCAUUCCACACUUAAUUGACACUAGCCAUGUUCCUUUUCUGCUGCCAUGCCAGCUUCCCAAAGUGAAUCUUUUGUCAUAUUUCAAACAUACAGAAGAACAAACAGUAUUUUUUUUUUAAACAAAUGGCAAUUCUAUCCACGUUAAAAAAUAAAAUUUAAAGCACACCCUCCUCCCGUGAUCAAAUGCCCAGACUGCUCCUGCCCUGCCCACUCUCCCUUCCCCCCACCCCCUUCAACACCUGUCACUUUCCAGCCACCAAGAUCUUGGAAGCUAAGCAAAGAAGGGAAUCCACUGAUUCUAUAGAGAAGAGUCUAUAAAGUUACAGCUUAAAGAGAAUUCCGUUCAAGAUGGCGGAGUAGGUGAACACUGUGCUCACCUCCUCCAAUGACCACAUCAAAAUUACAAGUCAGCUCAGCUGGUGUUGCUCAAUGGUCGAGCAUUGACCUAUGAAACAGGAGGUCACUGUUCAAUUCCAGUCAGGGCACAUGCCCGGGUUGCAGGCUCAAUCCCCAGUAGAGGGCAUGCAGGAGGCAGCCGAUCCAUGAUGUUUCUCUCGCAUUGAUGUUGCUAUCUCUCUAUCCCUUCCUCUCUUUCCAAACAUCAAUAAAAACUUAUCAUUUGGAAAUAGUGAUGUUGGGUGCAGAUAAUAUUAAAAUUUCAUAAUAAGUUACCCAACUCCCAGACAAUCGUUGGCUAGGAUGUGAUUUGAAUAAAACAAUUACAGCAUGAAGCAUAA